AUGUCAGCACAACCAGUAACAUCUCCUUCAUGUUCUGCCGCCGCCCAACAAACUCAAGAAAUACAACGAAGUGAUGAGAAAAGAACACAAUUGAAGGCUGCAUGGGAUGAAAAAUGGACAGCGUUAACGAAGAAUGGACCAUCUGUCCAAGGCGUAACCAUUCCGCCUGAUGUGGAAACGAAAGUAAAGACAAUGUUAAGGGAUCUCGAGCCCUACGUGAAAUGGCACUAUGCCGCGCAGGGAAGUGUCGCCGCUGCAUGUAAACACCUGAAGGAUCCAAGGGGUAAGGGUAAUCAUAAAACAAAUCAAAUGAAAAAUGUGUGCAAAGUGUUUGUGCAAGUAGUCCACUGGAUGGGGAAUUUGGAUAAGUAUGGGAAGAAGAAAAAUGGGAUGACCAAGGAGGACGAUUGGAAACAGUAUUUAAGGUGUGUAAUAGGGUAUGAAUUUCUGUUAAGAGUACUUUUACCUAAGUAUAAAGUGGAGGAUUUUAUGGAUGUUAUUUUUAAAACAAUGAAAGGGGGGGGUACUGAAGGUGCACUAUCAAGUAUGGGUGGUAUAUGUUCUUGGGUUAAGAUUAAUGAUGUAAAGGAGAUGGAAGAGCUCAUUGGGGAUGAAGUCCAGAAAUGGUUAAAUGAAGCAAAGGGGGAUUGGAGGGGGGGACGUAUUAUGGGGUUCCAUAAUAUAAUAGCAUGGUCUAGGUACACAGAUGAGAAGGAAAAACAACAGGCAAAGGCCAAGCAAAAAACACAAACUUGUAAUAGUGAUAGAAUUAUGGACUUAUUCCAAGCAGGAGAAUCAGGAAAAUUGGAGAACAUAGUCCCACCACUACCACCCCCCCCACCACCACCACCACUACCACCACACCCUCCGCCACCUCCUGAAAACUGCAUCAAGGACAAGAAUGGCCUAUGUGAACGUGUUAGUUGUGUUAUAAAUAAAUGGGUAAAAAAUAACACAAUUACAAGUGGGAAGCCAAAUGGACAGGCAGGAAGUCCACCCUGGAACGACUUUUGGGAGAAGCACAUUAACGUUAAACUGCAGGAGAUGUUUACUGCUAUGACUAAUACUAAUAGUAGUAGUAAUGUGUCCCAGUACUGCAAUACUGUUGGGGAGGACAAUAGUGCAGAGAGGAAGGUGUGUGGUCAUUUUGCAGCAGGAUUAGAAGCUAUUUAUAAAAUUGCACCGGGUAGUGCCAAACAUAAGGAUGACGAUCAACUACUCCAUCGAACUAUGAUGUGCGCAGCACUGAAUGCAUACGCAGAUCAAUUGAUCACAAAAGCGAACGGAAAAAAAUCUAACUGUAAAGUGAAGGAAGGAAUAGACGGAGCCUUUGAAAAAAGUCAAAACAUUAAAGAUAAAACACCUCCAUGCAGUACUGAUGGUGAUAAAUGCAUUAAAUGUGAAAGGAAAUCCAACUUUUCCUGCGACAUAACACAGAAGGAAGUGGAGGCCGAAUGGAAUAAACUCCUCGCUGGGACAAAAACAGAGAUGAGUAGUGCUCUGUCUUCUAUAGACACUCUAUGUCAACCGCCUCCAGUACCACCACCGAGUGCACCUUCUAUUCCGGCUUCAAGUACCAGUUCCUCCAGUAGUUCCAAUAGUUCAGGUUCCAGUUCAAGUUCCUCUGGAGCCGGAUCCACCGCUCCUGGUGGUGCAGCUGCUCCAGCAGCGAAAGCAAAAUCUUCAACUAAAGCAGGACGAAAGGGAAGAAUUCGCCCAACGUCCCCUCCCCGCGGAAGGAAGGGAGAGGGGUGGAUGGAAGGGUUUCCAUCCGACUCGAUUCAUCCUUAUCUUCCUCUAGUUCCUUCUAUCCUUGGAAUUAUGACCAUAACUUAUUUCCUUUGGAAGUAUUUUGGUCCUCUUGGUAAAGGAGGACCACGUUUCAGAAGAUCUCCUGCUGAAAUUCCUGGUCCAUCAGUACAGGAACAAGUCCUCGAUCAUGUGCAGCAGGAAGCCGGUCCACAUGAAUAUCGAUUAGUGAAGGAACGAAAACCUCGUUCUUCUCCAACAAGAACGAAACGUUCUGGUCGCGUGAAUCGUCGAACGAUUAUUGAAAUUCAUUUUGAAGUGUUGGACGAAUGUCAAAAAGGGAACACACAAUUGGCUCAGAAGGAUUUUCUGGAACUUCUGGUUCAAGAAUUCAUGGGAUCCGAAUUUAUGGAAGUAGAACAGUUUCCUAUGGAAAAUGUUCUUAUGGAAAGUCUUCCAAUGGAACGUGUUUCUAUUGAAGAGGUUCCAAGUUUAGGUUCCGGGUUAAUGGUUUAG